UAGAUCAUCUCCUAUAUAAAAUACAGGAUGAUUUUCACGGCUUAUUUUUAAUUAUGUCCUCUCCAAUUAAGGAUGUGCGGACCGAUACAAAAAUAUCGAUUCUGUCGCUCUGAAUGUUUCAUUUUGGGAAUCGUUUGUAACGUUAAAAUAUUAGAUUGAUUUUGUACCUGAUAAAUGGCUAUAUUAUUGUGAGCAAGACAUGAACUACUUCCAGGCAGAAGGGAGAAAGGGGAAGACUUUCAGAGGCCUCUCUCCUAUUGUCUAAAUGAUUAGGGAAAUAGCCAUAACACGUACGUCAUCACCCCCCAGUCACCAGCGCAGGUAUCGGUGAUACCAGCUUUGCAAUUAGAUCAAAUCGGACUGAACAGAAUGUCAGUGGUAUGGCGCAGUCCUACUCUGUGCAGCAAGACUGCGCACAGGUUUCGGUCAAUCCCUGAGCUCACCUGACUCACCUCUACAUAUUCAAAAGAAUAUAUCUUCUUAAAUCACAUCUCAAAUGUUGGUCACCGUAAAUUUGGAACAAAUGGCUUUAAGAUGAAUUAGACUGAAAGCCAAUGUACACCGCACACACAGACCUACCCUGAGCUUCGUUAUCUCAGUAGAGAGAAUUUAAGUCAUGAUACUAUUUACUGCUGCUUUCUAGUAUGUAUACCACGAAAAAGAAUCAAAGAACAGGAAAAACCAGUUUAACUUUUGCAUAGGAUACGUCUUCUUGGAAAAGAAAAACUUGUAGGUUAACAUUGCUUGUAUAAGAGUUUCAUUAGUCGCCAAUACGGAAGUAGCAGCCCUCCGGGCGGAGCCGCACAGCCUGGGCGGUGGAGUGAGAUGUUUAAGCUGCUCCCUAUUACACUGAUAGCUGCAUUUCAGUCAGCCCUGCGGUACUUUUAUUGUCAGAACUGUUACCUUUUGUAAAAUAAGUCAAAAAGUGUGAAGAAAGUAAGGACUCCAGGAUGUCUUCAUACAGGAAUGGACACCCUCCACCCUAUCGCUAUGGCGGCAGGCACCAUAGCAGCCGAGACAUGUCUGGAGACCGAGUGUUGAGCAAGCCAUCUUUUUCCCACUACCCUGAGGAAGAGUUUUUGCACUUUUACCGCUGGACCUCUCCACCGGGAGUGAUAAAGAUUGUGUCAAUAAUAAUCAUUAUUCUCAUCGUGGCCAUGUUUGCUUGUGUAGCCUCCACAGUAGGCUGGGACUCAGAUCUGGAAAUGUCAGGAUAUGGUGGAAUUGGGGCAGGGAUGGGUGGAGGCAUGUAUGGGGGAAGUUAUGGGAGUAACUACGGAGGAGGUUAUGGAGGAGGCUACGGAGGAGGUUACGGAGGAGGCUAUGGAUAUGGAGUCGGAGGCAACUAUGUUAGUCCCCAAUCAGCAAAUGGAUUUAUUCUUGCCAUGGGAGCCUUCACCUUCCUCGCUGUGCUCAUCAUCUUCAUCAUUAUGGUGUCAAGGCAGAAAGUGGCCCGCUCACGUCGGUUUUACCUGGCGGUCAUUAUAAUCAGUGCCAUAUUGGCCUUCCUCUUGGUCAUAGCCACUAUUGUCUACCUUGUGGCUAUCAACCCAACUGCCCAGGCGUCAGGGUCAGUCUAUUACAGCCAGGUUAUAAGUCUCUGUUCUCAGUACCAGAACUCACAGCCCUCUGGAAUCUUCAUCAAUCAAUAUAUGUACCACUACUGUGUGGUGGAACCGCAGGAGGCCAUUGCUGUGGUGCUUGGUUUCCUGGUGACCGUUGGCCUUGUCAUCAUUGCAAUCUUCGCUGCAAGGACACGUCAGAAAAUCUGGAGUUAUGGGAGGAAUAUUCUCUGGCAUGAAGUGAAGGUGGUCAGUAAUGGACUUUCACGUGACCUUGGAGAAUGGGUGAACACCGUGUCUGGUGAGCCGGAGCAAAUGCUGAAUGCAUACCCAGAUGAAAUUCAAGGGAGAGAACUCCUGGAAGGUGUGACUACUGAUUAUUCCAAACCACCUUACAGUUCUACUGAGCCAACGAAGAGCUGGCCAUUGUGCAGUCCAGGUCCCCACAGUACAGAGUCAGAGGUCACCAUCUCUGUAGGGAAGCCUAAUACAAGGUCCGCUGGACACCGUGUUGAUAGCCUGGAUGACACAGACUAUACCACAGGGGCUGAGUCUGGGGAGGAACUGGAUGACAGUGAUUUUGACAGUGAGUUUCCCACCAUUACUAAUGCUCAGAAAAGACUGGAAUACAAACGGGAAUUCGAUAGGUACCACAAAGAAUACAAGAUACUGCAGGAAGAGCUGGAUGAUGUCAACAAGGGCCUCGUGGAGGUAGAUCAUGAGCUGCACAUCAUGCAGCCGGGCAGUUCACAGUACAUGGAUUCCAUGGAUGAAUUUAACCGGCUGAAGAAUCUGAAGAAGUCUGCAGGCUACCAGAUGAAGAAGCGGAAAUGCAAGUAUCUAAAAGCCAAAUUGUCUCACAUCAAGAGGAAGGUCAAUGAUUAUGAUGGGAGAGUAUGACCUGGUUCAGUCUUGAUCUUUACUUGUCCCCUCUACGGAUUAAGAUCUGUUUAAUGGCAUAUUCAGAGUGCCGUCCUUGGAGAUAGCCAUAACCCUUUAAUAUCCCUUUAAGUAAAGUUUUAAGGAUUUUCCUUUCUAAAAAUAAGCAUUUUUAAAUGUGAGUUUCAGUUCCUCAUCCGCUUAAAUUUUUUUUUUUUUAACUUCCACUAUUGUAAAUAGAGGCAUACUGUACUUUUUCAUAACAGCUAUUUUAGUAGAAAGAUUUUAUUAAGCAUUGCUGCAAAGAAUUUUAUAGUAAUUUAACUCUGCGUUUUUUAAAUCAUUGUUUUCUCAGGAAAUAUACUAUGAGAUAUUUCAAAUGUAAUUUCUGAAAACUUUUGCACAGAAUUGAAUAUGCUGCUGUUUUUAUUGUACUGUUUUCAGCUGCAUUUUUCAGAUCGUCUUGUAACUACAAUAAGUUUUUAAGUUUUACGUUAUACGUUGUUUUGAUGUUAUAAAUGAACUUUUCUCAUAUUUGGGGCUGUGUUACCCUGAUGAUAUGCUCAUUUGAGGGUUACCAUCUUGAAUUAGUGAAAAGAGAAAGAUCUGGUUGGAUACUUUCUAAAACUUCCUGCCACAAGGGAAAAAAAUAGGUUCUUUCCACUGGUCUUGCAUUGUUUUGUACUUUGUAAAUAUGUAAUUUUCAUUAAAAACAUUAUUAAGCAUAA